AUGCCCCUCCCCCUCCCCCGCGCGCACCUCCUCCCCCGCCUCGCCCGCCCCCGCAUUGCCAAUGGCCACCGCUCAUUCCACGCAACCCCCGCCCGGCCCUUCAUCGAACCCGCCCUAACCGCCACACACACCCUCCUCACAACACUGCACACCACCACCGCCCUCCCCUGGUGCACGCUCAUCCCCCUCAGCGCCAUCCUCCUGCGCGCGCUCAUCACCACGCCCACCACCAUCUACUCGCGGCAGCGCGCCUUCAAGACCCUCGACCUGCAGCCCCUCGUCUCCGCCUGGCAGCACCCGCUCGCGCGCGCCGCAAAAGCGACCACAACAACCCCGCAGCAGUGGGAAGCCGCGACACGGAAAGCCCUGCGCGCCAAGCGCUCCGAGAUCCUAAAGCGCCAUGGCUGCCAGCGCUGGAAGGCGUUCGCCGCACCGCUGUUGCAGCUGCCCGUGUGGGUUGCGGCGUCGGUCACGCUGCGUGGAAUGACGGGGAGGGACGGGCUGCCGGAGUGGUGGCGCGGGAAGGCUGCCUCCCCCGACGCCCUCGCCCCCGACACCGCCGGCACUCUCGAUACCGACACCGUCACUGCGGCAGAAAGACUAAUCCCCGUCGAACCGAGCUUCGGCACCGAAGGCGCGCUCUGGUUCCCGGACCUGCUGGACGCAGACCCGCUGUUUAUCCUGCCGAUGGCGUUCUCGUUCCUGAUGUUUGCCAACAUCGAGAUGCAGAGCGCGCUGCACCCGCCGGCCACGCGCACGCAGCGGGUGCUCACGAAUACGCUGCGGGUGGUGCCGCUGGUGGCGCUGCCGCUGAUCUUGGAUAUGCCAGCGGCAUUGACGCUCUACUGGGCCACGUCGGCUGCAUACUCGCUGGUGCAGAACGUGGUACUCUCGGUGGUGAUGCCGCGGCCGGAGGAGAUCAAGGCGUGUAAGCCUGUGAGUCCGUAUGCGGUCGGGGACGCUGCUGGGGCUGCGCCAGGGGAGGCGGGGAAGGUGGUGUAG